GUGAUCUCAUUAUUGGUGGGAAUUUGCCCUUGGGAAGCAUUUUAGAGACUCCUGUCAGAGACUUUAAUAGACUGAAUCUUCCUUUCAAUACUGGGUAAGUUUCAGCUGGAGGGAAAACAUGCAUGAUAAUUAUUCUCUUUGCUUUAAAUUUAGGGACUUCUUUUCAGAAAUACUUCUAAUAUUUGUACUGCCCUGGUUUAGUGCACAUGUUCUGCUUUUCUCAAUAAAUUACCAAGCUCUUAAAAUCGGUUGGAAUUCUCAGUCUGUUCAUCAGGAAGAUGAUAAACCACAAAAAUGAAGAGGGGAGCUGUGCUGGCCUAGUGAAGAAGUCAAAUUAUAAUAUUAAUCUGAAGAGUAACUUGUGGUAGAAAAUUCAAAUAAAAGCUCAGCACUCUUCAAGUUUUGGGGACUUGCAAAAAUCCCUCUCAGUUUGGAAUCAGCCGUGCUGAUGAAUAAAAGCCUUCAUUAAAUCUAUGAGGUGACCCCCCACUGUAGUCCUGUGCUCAGCAAUCCUUAUCCCACCUGGACAAGCUGCUCCAAGAGAGCAGCUUAAAUAAUUACAGUGAAAGGGGGGCAAUUGGAAAGGAUUGCAGCCACUGCAGCAAUGUGAAUAUGGCAGGGAUGAUCGAGACUAUAAAACAAUCCAUAAUAUCCAUAUAAAGGCUUGUCUCCUUUCUCACAAAGUCAUCCAACUUUAGCCAAAGGAAAAGCUUUGAAAAAAUCCCCAACCAAUAAAAUUUGGGAGUUUCUUCCCCCAAAAGUCCCCCCAAACAGUGAAGCAAAUUCUAUAGCCAUGCACAAGAUUUCCUGUCAUGUUCUCCAAUGUUUUUCUCACUACAGAAUCAUCACCAGUUAUUACCAGCAGUUCCUAGCAUUGAUGUUUGCUGUCUCCGAAGUCAAUACGGAUUUUCUUCUGCUCCCCAACAUCACCCUUGGCUUCCACAUCUAUGGCCAUUUCCAGUGGGAGAUAUUUAUUUCCUUAGACAGCCUCUCCAUUCUCUCCUCAGGAGGCCAAGUGGUUCCAGGUUACAAAUGUGAUCAUCCGGACAUUCUGCUGUCGGUCAUUGGUGGUCUCAGUGCCAAAUCCUCACAACUGAUGGACUCCAUCUUCAGCAUUUUUAAGGUCCCACAGAUUCUUGCCUAUUUGAGGACCAUCCAGUUCAACAACAGUGUUGGAGAUGAAGUCUCCUUCUCAGAAGAUGGACUGGGAUCUGCUCAUUAUGAUCUUCUCAACUGGGUUCUCUUCCCCAAUAGAUCCUUUGCCCCCAUAAGAGUUGGGCAUGUAAAUCCUGAGGCUCCCCCAGGUCAGAAUUUCACCAUUAAAUCUGAUGGAAUCAUCUGGGCCACCAAGGUGAGCUGA